AUGAAUAAAAUAAAUUUAUAAAAGAAACAAAAAUAAAAAUAAAAGUUUAUUCCUUUAGGAUUUGUAAUCAAAUACGAUCCUCCUGUUAUUGGUAUCAAAUAAAUAUAUAUAUUAAAGGAUUAUUAUAUAAGAGAAGUAUACAAGAAAAUAAAAAAAAAGUUUAUAACAUUCAUUUAUAAAAUCUAAUAAAAUUAGAUGAUGAAGUUGAGAUAACCAAAUAAUUAUUUGAAGAACAUCCUGAAUUUUUAGAUCCUGAUAUCAUUGAACCUGAAUAAGUUUUAGGUUUAGUAUAGAGAUUGAUCGAAUUUAGAUAAAUAAUGGAGAGAGAUGAUGAUGAUGAGGAAUAUUAAGAUGAAGAAACUGAUAGUCACAUAAUUGAUGAAAUGUUUGAUUGA